UCAGUACUAACAAAAGCAGAGAAGCAUACCGCAGAAUAUAUAACAAAAUUAAUGGUUGAAGUUCUGGAGGAGUAUGGACCUAAAAAAUUUUUCGCUAUUGUGACUGAUAACGCAAAGAAUAUGAGGAAGGCUGUGAGACAAUGUGAAGAGAUGUAUCCCCAUCUUGUAUCAUACGGCUGUUUAGCGCACACAUUACAUUUAUUGUGCAGCGAUAUUUUGAAAUUAUCUUCAAUAGAGACACAUUUGUCACAUAUUAUACAUAUCGUUAAAACUAUUAACCAGUGUCAAGUACUGAGAGCUCAAUUCACAGAAAUAAGAAAUGAGAUGAAGUGUGGAGUGUCUCUUAGCCUACCUGUAAAAACAAGAUGGGGUUCACAUGUAAAAUGUCUUCAAGAUCUGACUAAAUGCAAGUCCGUCCUACAACGUCUAGCAAUAUCUCCAGAUAAAACAAUUCAAGAUAGAAUACGCAGCGCAAAAGCAAAUUUACUUGAUGAAGGAUUCUGGAUAAAUUCUAGCGCUCUUGUUGAAUUGCUUAAGCCAAUUACUGAAGCAAUAACACGUCUUGAAGGAGAUUCUUCGUCAAUUCAUUUGGUUUGUGAAACUUUCGCGAAAAUCGGUAGUAACAUAUCUACUCAUUUAGAAUGCGUGAAACUAACGGAUUGCGAAAAAACAGAAGCGAUGGAUAAAUUUAUAUCAAGGAAGGAAUACGCCCUUCAACCGAUCCAUUUUGCCGCAGACUUACUAAACCCUCGGUCUGUUGGUGCAAAUUUAUCAUCAGCCGAAAGGAUUGAAGCGAUGAAAUACAUUACUACUAUGUCAACCACGACCACGAUAGAGAUUGGUGAUGAAGGAGUGUCAAAGAUUACUGAGGAUUUAGGAAACUAUUUAGCUAAAACAGACUUUUUUGGCGAAACAUUUUUAUGGAACAUACUCGAUAAUGUCUCUUUGGUUACAUGGUGGAAAGGAUUUUGUGGACAUUCAUGCCUCUCCAAAGUUGCAGUCAGGAUAUUGACAAUGCCGUGCACUUCUGCGGCAACAGAGAGAAGCUUUAGCUCCCAGAGCAGCAUUCAUACGAAGAGAAGAAAUCGCCUAACAACUCAAAGGGCAGCAAAUUUAAAUUAUAUACAAUAUAAUUCAAAAUUGCUGAAACGUUCACGACAACAUCACAUACAAAGUCAAUAUCCUAUAGAAGAGACUGUACAGAACAACGUUUCGAUAGAAGGUAGAAACUUACAGAAGGAGAUAGAAGUAAUUGAAAACCAUAUUUCCGAAGAGGAAGAAUUAGACGAGGUAAUUUUAAAUUUAGGCAUUUUUUAGAUAUGUGAUAUGUGCAUGUGAUAUAUGCAGUUUGCUUCUUUUCCGAUUUUCCAAUGCAUUCCACCGUUUUCGAAUAAAAAAUUAUAAAUCUUAUGUUUUCAGACAAUAUCAUCAUGGCAUUCAAAUACAACAGGAAAUGGAAAUUCCGACGAUGAUUUUAAUUUUGCUGACUUUGCAAUGACCGAUGAUGAAAUUGAUCAAAGAAUGGAAACUAGGGAACAGAGACCAGCACGCAUUUUGAGACAAAGCAAAGUGAACAUUUUAGAAAACGUCUUAAUGAAAUCGGGUAAAGGCACAGAACAACCCCAAAAAAAAACGGAAGUCGAGAAGGAUACUUCAGAUGCCGAAAACAAGGAUGCAGUUCUGGAUUUGCCGGAGAUAAAAAAAAUUACACAAGGCUCAUUGGAAGAGCAAACAAUUGAAACUUCGACGUUUUAUAACAAGAAGGUCUCCAGUUGUCUGCGAAAAAGGAAGUUGUGAUUUAUAAAAGCCGCUUAAAACAAAACUAAAGAACCUAUGUUUUCAUUUCUUUAUUAUUUGUAUGUAUUUC